CUUUGUUUGAAGCAAGGCAAAUGAGUAUGGAGGUAAACAAAAUAAAAAGGGCAAUGUCGCCAUGGAAACGGUUGCUUAUAAGUAUGCGUGUAAUUCAAAUGUGUCGUCAUGAGAUCCGUUUCACAAAAUAAAAAAAAAAUAAUGAAGUGAUAGUGUGUGCAUUUCAAUUUAAAAAGAAAAAAUAGCACACAAUGACCAUGGUGAGUCAUUCAUUCGAACAGGCUAAUCUCUUGGAUUUAAGACAAGAGAAUGAGCAACAAGCAGAGAGGGGCUAUGUAGAAGAAGAAGACGAAGAAGAAGAAGAGGAGGAGGAGGAAGAGGAGGAAGAAGAGGUGGAUGAAGAGGAUAUUUAUUAUUUGCAAGAAAACCUUAUACCCUACAUGGAUGAACAGGUGGAUUUUCAUCUUGAUACAAAUAGCAACAAUUUCAUCCAACCAACAAGCGAAGAGGAAUCCAACGAUGAUUCAUUCUAUCUAGCAAAUAGAACAUUCUAUACUACUUGCCAUAAAAUAUCGCGUCAAAAUAGCCCUUCUUAUCGAAAGAGACCUCCUUAUACCUUUUUAGAAAACUGGUUGAUUCAUAGUGUAUUUAGUAAGUCUCAACAAAUCUUGCUCAGGUUUCCCGUCAUCCAUCCCAAGGUGAUGAUGACUGAAGGCGAUUUUAUUUAUACCCCGCAUCAAAUGGCGAAUAAUAAUCAACAGCAACAACAAUCUGACAUGUAUUAUAACGAACAACAGGACGAUGAUGACUAUGAUUAUUAUGACGAUGCCUUUGUUAUCGGCGAUGAAGGCGUUAUGGUUAUGAGUGCUUCUGCUCCUGACGCUUCUCAGUUUAUGGCGGCGGCUGAUGAAGAUGAGGAUGAUGACGGAGAACAUGAAAAUCCGUCACUCGUCAUGGAUGAAAAUAUGUGGAUGGGUCAUAGUAGAUACAAUUCCAACGGCCUUACUUUACAUGUAGUCAAUCCAGACAAUCAAGAAGAAGAAGAGGAAGAUCCUAUGUAUCAUCAUAAUCCAUAUAAAUCAAUCAUUAGUCAUAAUAACUACCAAGGCCAACAACUUCAAAUGGUAAAGGAAGAAGAUGAGGAAGAGGAGGAAGAGGAAGAGGAGGAAGAGGUCCAAGAAGAAGCAAUAGAAGAAGAAGGAGUGGAAAAGAGCAAAUUAUCCAUGUCACCCGAGGUGUUAAACUGGUAUCGUUCUGCCGACACCAGACCUGUUUUGGCUCUGGUAGAGCAAGAUUGCGGCAGUAGUGGCAGCAGCACCAGUAGCAGCACUAGCAGCAGCAGUAGUACAUGUAGUAAUGACAGUGGUAGUCAGCGCACAGACUCUAGAUCGGUGACAGACGAAGUAGAAAAGAGUGUGACACGUCAUUCAAGUGAAUCAUACCAAUCUUUAGCUGAUAUAAUUCAAGAAGAACAAUUCCGUGAUUAUGGCACAUUACCAACACACCAUAAUAGAUCAAUUGUCACCACCAAGAAGGUCUCGCCACUGAUGCAAGUCUCUGUUUGCUUUGUUGACGCUGCUUGGGUGGCCAUGGACAUUGCUCAAACUUACACAGAAGCCAGCAAUGGCAACAAGAGUGUGACUGGAUUUAUUACAUGUUUGUUUAGAAUAUGGAAAGUUUUGUUUUUAGGUGCAGAAACCAUGUUGGGUUGGGGCAAUCAUCGAUUAAAGCCACAAGCAAUGGUUUAAAAAAACAUGUACCUAUUAUUAUAUUUUACAAACUACAUUUUAUAUUAUUAUUAUUAUUUCCUCCUCUUUUUUUUCCUUCUUAUUACCUAUACUUAUUAUUGUCAUUAUUACCACCUAUACAUACACUUUUUAUUUUUUUUAUAUAUUUUUUUUCUUUUUUUUAACCAUUUUUUUUUUUCCAAAAAACAAAACAAAAAAGCAGCAAUAAAUUCUCUUUGACCUUUUUGCAUGCUGUCACACCCCUUUUUCAAGGUCAGAAUCGGGCCAUCUUUACUCUAAAUAACAAAAAAUCAUGCCACAAUUUUUAUUUCCCAAGCGACACGUUAUGCAAAAUACACUAGACCAAAAAUUGCCCCUGACGUAUAAAUAAAUACAAUCUUU